AUGAAAUUCGUGAUAGGUAUUAUUCUAAUAAUCAUAUCAGUUUAUGGUCAGGACAACUUGUCCGAAAAUGCCACUUUUCUACCCCAAAAACAAGAUUUGGAACCAAACGCCGUUUUGUCACCGAAACUAAUUUCAACGUCUUGGCUAAAACCACUCACUGACACUGUUGCCAAUUUCGUUGCCCUGGCAAAACACCCGAAUUAUGGUGGAGUUCAGUUUUUUAAUCCUCAAAAUUUAUGGGAGAUGUUGCACGAGAAAGGUGUUAGUUAUUUGACAGGACCUCACGGCGCCGUCUUUGGGACCGCCCAAAAUGGACCUCUUGAUUAUCCUUUCGCUUAUAGAAAAAAGACGAACUGAUUUUUAUCGAGUGACAUUCCUCUUGCACGUUAUUUAUGGUAAUGACUGGACGUAUAAAAAGAUCUAUAUUAUUAUGUUACCGGUGCAUAUUAUUUAACCAGGUCAAUCAGACCAUUGAAUUUAUAAUUUUAACUUUUACUUUAUUAGAGACGUAUUUACGACUUUUAUUUUUGUAAAUAAAAUAGUUAUUACUUUUUGUACAAAUGUGUAUUAUCUUGAAAAAAAACUGUUUUUUGUAUAAGAGGUAUGCAGUAUUUAUUUAAAUAAUAAUCUCUACUAAUUAGGGAAAUAACGUCAAUAACAAGGCGACAAAACACAACAUUCAAAAAUAAACCAGCGACCUUUGUGAUAAUAUGCUCCUAUAAACUUAUAUGUGCGUAAAUAUUAUUAACUUUGAAUUAAAUGAUAUCUACUGGAGGCUUUAAUUAAUAAAAGUAAACACAAUGGCGAAAUAUUUUUGAGUUUUUGAACUAUCUACACGCAACAUAAAGUAAAUUUGUAUUUUAUAGAACAAAAAAUUGUUAUUCUACAUAACUUUUUUCACUGCUAGUCUCAGAAGACAUCAUAUUAUAUUGGUUUUUAGGUCAAAAUAAGGGAAAUACUUCCUAUAGACCUAUGUUCGGAAAUGCUUGAGGGAGCCGAAACCUUUUUCUUCAAUUAUCUCAGUAACUACACCAUUUUCGAGUGUA